CGGGCGCGCGGGAGGGGCGGGGCCGCAUAGGCGGCCGCUGCGAGUUUCGCCCUCCCUCAGCGGCGCGCAGGAAUGCCCCGGGCCCACGGACAGCGCGGCAGCGCGCGCGCUCGCUCCCGGUGCCCUCCUCCGUGACGUGCCUGGCCCAGGCCGCGCAAAGGCCCUGUAGCUGCCAGUGCCGCUGUCAUGGCGUCUGAGGCGCUGUCUGAGGAGAACCCGCCGCGGUCUCUUUAGAGCGAGGGGCGGGCGGCUGGGUAUGGAGAGCGGCCCUGAGAGCCUGCAGCCGCUAGAACACGGAGUGGCCGCCGGGCCGGCGCCAGGGACAGGUUCUCCGCAGGAAGGGCGACAGGAGACCAGGCUCGUCGUUGGGGAUGGUCCUGGAGUAUGGGCGGCGGAGAGCAGCGGCGGGAAGGGGCAGGGGGCGGCAGCCGCCGGGAGGAGCCUCUCGGACUCGGCUUCUCCCGCCGGCUCGCCUCGGGUUCUCGUACCCUGCAGCUCCCUCCCGGACUUGGACUUGAAGGGGAGCGAUUUGGAGAGUCCUGCUGCCCAGAAGGCGCCUCUGACAGGGCAGCACAAGGUGACCGCCUCCCCGGAGGCAGCUGAGGCCGGAGCCGACCAUGAGUUGGUUCCGGCCGGAGAGGGGGGCGCCCUCGCGGAUCCCGCCGGCACCUGCCGGGCAGAGUCGGCGGCCGCGGGCUCCGAGGAACCCAGCAGCGGCGGCGGCCUCAGCAGCAGUUGCAGCGACCCGAGCCCUCCCGGGGAAUCGCCGAGCCUGGACUCCCUGGAGUCGUUCUCUAACCUGCAUUCUUUCCCAAGUAGCUCGGAGUUCAAUAGUGAGGAAGGAGCUGAGAACAGGGUCCCCGAGGAGGAGGAGGGAGCGGCGGUGUUGCCCCGGGCUGUGCCUCUGUGCCGAGAGGAGGAGCAGGAGGAGGGGGAGGCAGCCCAGGUGCUGGCGGCCUCCAAGGAACGCUUCCCGGGACAAUCUGUUUAUCAUAUCAAGUGGAUCCAGUGGAAGGAAGAGAACACACCCAUCAUCACGCAGAAUGAGAAUGGCCCCUGCCCUUUACUGGCCAUCCUCAAUGUUUUGCUUCUGGCCUGGAAGGUGAAACUUCCACCGAUGAUGGAAAUCAUAACUGCUGAACAGCUGAUGGAAUAUUUAGGAGACUACAUGCUUGAUACAAAGCCAAAAGAAAUUUCAGAAAUUCAACGUUUAAACUAUGAGCAGAAUAUGAGUGAUGCUAUGGCAGUACUGCACAAACUACAGACAGGCUUGGAUGUAAAUGUAAAAUUCACUGGUGUUCGAGUGUUUGAAUAUACACCAGAAUGCAUAGUAUUUGAUCUUCUUGAUAUUCCUUUAUACCAUGGAUGGCUAGUGGACCCUCAGAUUGAUGACAUUGUAAAAGCUGUUGGUAACUGCAGCUACAACCAGCUAGUGGAGAAGAUCAUCUCUUGUAAGCAGUCAGACAACAGUGAGCUGGUUAGUGAAGGCUUUGUAGCUGAGCAGUUUCUAAAUAACACAGCCACUCAACUGACAUACCAUGGAUUAUGUGAACUAACUUCAACGGUUCAGGAAGGAGAACUUUGUGUGUUCUUUCGGAAUAAUCAUUUUAGCACCAUGACCAAAUACAAGGGUCUGCUGUAUUUGUUGGUAACAGACCAGGGGUUUCUCACUGAAGAAAAAGUUGUUUGGGAAAGCCUACACAAUGUCGAUGGUGAUGGAAAUUUCUGUGACUCAGAAUUUCAUCUGCGGCCUCCUUCUGAUCCUGAAACUGUAUACAGAGGACAACAAGAUCAGAUAGAUCAGGACUAUCUUAUGGCAUUAUCUCUACAACAAGAACAGCAGAGCCAAGAGAUCAAUUGGGAACAAAUACCUGAAGGAAUCAGUGAUUUGGAACUAGCAAAGAAACUCCAAGAAGAAGAGGAUAGACGAGCUUCUCAAUAUUACCAGGAACAGGAACAAGCAGCAGCAGCUGCUGCUUCUGCUUCUACACAGGUCCAGGUGCAACAUGGACAAAGUCCUCUACGUCUCUUAGCUUCAUUUUCCCUAUCUGGAAAAAAGAAGAUAAUACUUAACCCUUAGGUUUGUGGUUAAGAAUAAAUAAUGUUAGCAUUUAAUCCAAUGUUUGACAUGUGCUAAAUAUUCAACAAAGGUUAGCACCUUUCCACUUUCCCCAGCUAAAUGUUUUAAGCACUGAAAAUGUAACUAAGGGGGUUUCUAUUUCUUAAAUCUCAUUUCAUUAAAUGAAAAAAAUAUUCCCCUUCUUUUAUGUUUGUACCAUGCUAGAACUAUUCCUUUGAUUUGGGUAUUCAAGAAAGCUUGAUGCCCUUUAAGAUCUGAUGAAACUUUAAAUAUAGAGGUCUCUAUUAAAAUAGGUAUAACAUUUCUAUUUCUAGAAAUAUUGACUACUCCAAGCUUAAAAUUUAAAACCUACCAUGUUAUGAUUAGCUUUUCACUAAAAAAGUUCUCUCAUUGCACAGAAUACUGAGUCCUCAGGGGUUUCAUUUCACACUCUGAGUCCUCAGGGGUUUUUUUCCCUCCUUUUAAAAUCUGUUUAUUAUAGUAUUUAAUGAGAUCUUGGAAAACUAUUGUAGCUUGCCAAAAGGUGUCACUUUCUUUAACAUUUCCUAAACUUUAACAUAAGUUAUCUUGAAUUUGAGUCUUCAGGCAAUAUAAUGCUGUAUGGUAUUUAUUGUUUGAAGUUCCAUUUACUUAGAAUAAUGGAUACAUUAAUUAUAUCUAUUCUGAAUGAUAGAGGCAGUUAUUCAGAUACCAUAUCACAUAACAAGUCUAUACACCAAUAGCCUUUUUCCAUUAAUAAUUCAUUUCACUCCUGUAGUUUUUCUUUCUAGAUAACUAUGCUUAAGCAUCUUGGAAAAAUUGUGGUAAUUUUUUCCUGUUUAUUUUUCUUAAAGCAAAGCCAGCCAGCACAAGCCUCUCCAUCGAGUGGCAGACAAUCUGGGAAUAGUGAACGUAAACGAAAGGAACCUCGAGAAAAAGAUAAAGAAAAAGAAAAGGAAAAAAAUAGCUGUGUCAUUUUGUAACAAGUGUGGGUCAUGUUGGAACCAUCUGUAUGUCUUCAGAAACAAAACCAUAGGAGGAAAGGAAGAAAAACCGAUAAAUACCGUCUGUGCCUGAUUUCCCAAUGGAUUUUGUUCAUGUUUUUCAGGGGAAAGGUUGUUACUUAGUUACAAUCAGACUUUUUCAAGUCACACAGUACACUCUUCAUGAGCUGGAGUUUCAUGUUACAAGUUGAAAAUGCUGUGUGUUGUCAUUCAUGAAAAAUAAUGCACUUGUAGCCAAAUAAGCAAAUCACAGCAAAUUUGUGUCAUAGUGACAUUCAUAACUCAUAUCAGUUAGUAAGCUAUUUCAUCUUCUAUUCUAACAAUGAAUAGUAUUCAUUGUUUCCUUCCUCAAAUCUAAAUAUUAGCACAAUAAUUUCUGAAAUUAAUUUUUACAAUGUUAAAUUAUGAUCUAAUCCAUGAGAAACCAGGGGUUUAAUAUAGAUUUAAAAAGAAAAGAAAAGACACAAAUAACAAGAAUAAAUAACCCUCAAUUGUAUAUUGGACUAGUUCAGCCCUUGAACAGCUUUACGUUUCUUUAGGAAUGUACAUUUUAGAUAUAUCUUGAGAACUGAUAAUGGAGCUUGGAUUUAAUUUAGAUAGAAAAAAAAAAGAUUUGUAUUUCUUUUCCAAUAAAAAAAAUUACAUAACACCAAUACUCAUCAAAAUCAAAUCUUAAUAACUUUGUAGUGUUAUAAAAUUUGAGGAGUUUUGAAAUCUUUAAUAAAGGUUACUUGGACCACAGUUACUAUUUAUCGAUAGUGUGAUAAGUGAGUAUAAAGAGGAAACCAUGUGGAUGCUAGGCCUUGUAAAUAUGGAGAUGUAGAAAUAGAAAAGGAGAUAGUUCAGUGUCUACCUUUUUCUAAAAUUACCUUGAACCUUAAAUUUUAAAUGUUUAUUUUCUAGAAAAUUAAGUAUACUUAUUAAAACCAACAAAAAAGCACAUUUUUGAAAUGAUGUUAGAUACUCUCUCAGUCUAGUGGAAAAACAUUAGUAAAAAUCUGUUUGAGGAUAAGAAUCUGGAGGAAUUUAUGUAGAAGCAAUCAGAUUAUUCUAACUUAUGAGAACCAAAUAAACCUAUAACAUCUUAUAGUGUUUCUAGGAUUCAGAAAGAAUAUUUAUUGAACUUUAUUAUGAGGCAACACAUAUUUUCCUGUAUUUCUAUAGUUUGGAAAACUAUCCUUAAUAGUCCUUUUUAUAUGCUUUAUAUUUAAACGUUUGUUUUAGUCAUUUUUGAAAAGACUGUUGCUGCUGCAAGUAGUUACGUGAUUUACAUUCUAAGCCUCAGUAAAUUUGUUUGUUCAAGAGCAUCUUAAUCUAACCUGAGCAUCCACUUGGAGAAUGCUUUUUGUGGUCUGGGGUGACAAAAGACUACACAAAAAAUGUGGUCUUGAUUUCUUAAGCUAUGUCCUUAACAUUCUCCGUGAUCCAGGACCAGAUAUAAGAUAAAUCUAUAUGUAAAAAGUAAAGUCUUAUUUAUGGAAGAAAUUAUUCUAAGGGAAAUAUCCAGGGUCAAGCUGUAUCUUUUACAUCCUUCUAUAUUGCAUGUCUGUUUAUGUUAUACCAUUUGUUAUUCCUUCAAAUUUCAUAUGCUAGCAUAAGUCAUCAGAGAACCUGUUUGGGGUAUAAAACUUUCAUACAAAAUAUUUGGUUAGUCUCUUAAUAAUAACCCAGAAUAUGUGUAUAUUGCUAAAGUAAUCAAAUGUACUACAGAAUUCUCUAUUGGCUCAAACAAGUUGAUUUUUAGGCCAAGUUUAUUCUUGAUAUCACUCUGUUGGUUAAAGGAGGAAACUCAAACCUCAGUGUUUGUUUUUCCCAGAACAGAUAGUAGUGACAGUGCAUUAUAUUUUAUUAAGAAGCAAAACAAUAAAUCCUUAGAAAUUUUAAAAAACAUAUUUGAGGCAUAUUUUCCCAUAAUUAUAUACUUAACUAUUUAUUGCCCUUGCAAAAUAUGUGUGUAGAAGGUAUUCUUCUGUUAAUUGUUACUGUCUUAAUUUGUUCCAAAGAUAACACUGCCAUUCUGCAGUCCCAUUAGAAGAAAAAAAAAUUCACUCAAAACCAGCAGUGCUGCUAUCAGAUAAGUAAAUGUCAACGUAUACUUAUAAGAAAUAACUAAGAAAUGUAAUGUGUUUGUUAAUUCAACCUUUUUCUAUGUAAUAUUUCCCAGUCAGGCUUUCUUACAUUCCUGGAAUUCAGUUUGAUAUACCAAGAGUAAUAAUGAUAAAAUGUUUACUUUGAAUACUGUGGGGGAAAAUUAAAUGUUCAAUUCUAUUUAAAAAAAAAAAC